GACGCCGGUUCUGGGGUUCUGACUGAAGCGCGGCGGCGGCGAGUUGUCGGGCGGCAGCAUGUUCAGCUGGAUGGGGCGGCAGGCUGGCGGGCGCGAGCGCUCAGGUGGCAUGGACGCGGUGCAGACGGUGACGGGCGGCCUGCGCUCUCUCUACCAGCGCAAGGUACUGCCGCUGGAGGAGGCGUACCGCUUCCACGAGUUCCACUCGCCAGCGCUGGAGGACGCCGACUUCGAAAACAAGCCCAUGAUCCUGUUGGUGGGCCAGUACAGCACGGGCAAGACCACCUUCAUCAGAUACUUACUGGAGCAAGAUUUCCCAGGCAUGAGAAUUGGUCCAGAGCCAACCACAGAUUCCUUCAUUGCUGUGAUGUACGGGGAGACUGAGGGAAGCACCCCUGGGAAUGCAUUAGUUGUGGAUCCCAAAAAGCCAUUCCGAAAGCUUAGUCGCUUUGGAAAUGCUUUCCUAAACAGAUUCAUGUGCUCACAGCUGCCCAACCAAGUUCUGAAGAGCAUCAGCAUCAUUGACAGCCCUGGCAUCCUAUCUGGGGAGAAGCAGCGCAUCAGCCGAGGGUAUGACUUCUGCCAGGUCUUACAGUGGUUUGCCGAGAGGGUUGACAGGAUCAUCCUGCUCUUUGAUGCUCACAAAUUAGACAUCUCAGAUGAGUUCUCAGAGGCGAUCAAGGCCUUCCGGGGCCAGGAUGACAAAAUCCGAGUGGUAUUGAACAAGGCUGACCAAGUGGACACACAGCAGCUGAUGAGAGUCUAUGGGGCCCUCAUGUGGUCUCUGGGCAAGGUUAUCAACACACCGGAAGUACUUCGAGUCUACAUUGGCUCGUUUUGGGCACAGCCCCUGCAGAACACCGACAACCGCCGGCUUUUCGAGGCUGAAGCACAGGACCUCUUCCGAGACAUCCAGAGCCUGCCCCAGAAGGCUGCAGUUCGCAAACUCAAUGACCUCAUCAAGCGAGCAAGAUUGGCCAAAGUCCAUGCCUACAUCAUCAGCUACCUGAAGAAGGAGAUGCCAAAUAUGUUUGGAAAAGAAAAUAAGAAGCGAGAACUUAUCUUCAGGCUUCCAGAAAUCUAUGUUCAGCUGCAACGAGAAUACCAGAUUUCUGCAGGGGACUUCCCUGAGGUCAAGGCCAUGCAGGAACAGCUUGAGAACUAUGACUUCACCAAGUUCCACUCACUGAAGCCCAAACUGAUCGAGGCUGUGGACAACAUGCUGACCAACAAGAUCUCAUCCCUGAUGAGCCUCAUCAGCCAGGAGGAGAUGAACAUGCCCACACAAAUGGUGCAGGGUGGUGCCUUUGAUGGCACCACAGAGGGGCCCUUCAACCAGGGCUAUGGGGAGGGGGCCAAGGAGGGUGCUGAUGAGGAAGAGUGGGUCGUGGCUAAGGACAAGCCUGUGUAUGACGAACUCUUCUAUACACUGUCACCUAUCAAUGGCAAGAUAUCAGGUGUCAAUGCCAAGAAGGAAAUGGUGACCUCCAAGCUGCCCAACAGUGUCUUGGGCAAGAUCUGGAAGCUGGCCGACUGUGACUGCGACGGCAUGCUGGAUGAGGAGGAGUUUGCACUGGCCAAGCACCUCAUCAAGAUCAAGUUGGAUGGCUAUGAGCUCCCGAACAGCCUGCCCCCACACCUUGUGCCUCCCUCUCACAGGAAGUCCCUGUCAAAGGCUGACUGAGGGUACACAGCUGGGGUGGGAGGGGUGGAACCUGGGCCUGAAGUCUGCUCUGCCACUGACUCGCUGAAUGUCCUUGGCCAAGGUUCCGUCCUUUCCGUGACUCAGUUUCCUCAUAUGUAGGGCAGGGAGGGCAGAUCCUGGGCACUAGAUGAGGUCCUUAUACCUCUAAAAUCCCUAAGUUUCUAUCAAAAUAUUAAGAAGAGCAGUAUAUAGAUAUGGAGAUAAAAGAGUAAGAAAAAAGUUAUCCAAAGAAGAAUGUAGGUGUGACAUAGACUGGCAAACUCUGAGGACUCAGGGAAUGAGCCAGGGACUCACUAGAGUCUUCAGAGCUGUGCUGGACAAUAAGUCACCGAGAAUGUCUCUGUCCCUCAGAGGGCAAUGAGAAGCAGCAAAUGACCUAAGUUAUUUUUCUUACUGUGUUUCCUGCUCUAUCUAGAGGGGAAAGGAACAGAACAGAGAGUUUCUGCUCUCCAUAGACUGACACCAAAGAGAAGGCUAAUACCCAGGUUUGAAAGAGGAUGUGCCAUAUCUCUGGGCCCAUCUGUAGUCCUCAUCAGAAUAGGCAGCCAGGCCAGGAGAGCCUGUCUUGUCCCAGAGCCUGCUGCCAAGCCUCCCUCCCAGCAAAGCUGGAUUCAGUUAGGAAUUUGGAAUUUACAAACUGCCAGCCCCUGGCAAGACCUCUAGACCUUCAGAUCAUGCUGAAGUCUGAGAAUUAGCUUUUCUUUUCAUUUCACCAAUAGUUUGCAGCAGUCAAUUUAUCAGACUUAAGAAAAGAAACAGUCCCCAUCUGUCACUAAGUGUUCCCUUUGACCACUGAAUGUCCCUAAGGUUUUUUGGUAGGUGGCAGAAUUUCAAUUCAAUAAAGCCAUAUUUUGAUUUGUGUAGAGUCCCAGAGCCUUCGGACCCAGGUAAAGAGAGACCAGCCCCAUCCUGAGCUAUUAGUGGAAGAGAUCAGUGUCUUGGUGAUUGAUGCCGUUUGAUUUUUAAAGAAAAAAAUGCAUUGUAUGGUAUCCAGUUGUGUUUUCCUCACAAGAUGAAGCCUCUCUGCAGAAAUCUCUGUAACACCUUUUCUUCCAGGCUGUGCACUUCACAUCAGGAGUGCCUGUCUGGGGCCAGGAUUGGGCUGCUUCUGGCUCUUCAGUGUUCUUUCCCAAGCCCUUGAAUUUCUCUGACCCACUUAUUCAGGCACAGAGGCUGCCUCCUACUAUACCCUGUUCUGUGGCACAGCUGAGGAACACUGUCAUCACCACUUACCAAGUAGGAUCACAGCACAUAGUGACCACAUGGCCCAGCCCCAACAGCGCCAGAAAUGAAUGAAUGAACACUACCCCUGAAUCUUCACAAAAACAUACUCCAACCCCUAAUUACCUGCGUCUGGCAACCUCAGAGUCAGAACCGGUGAUUUAAGAGAAAAUGCUAAAAGCUUACACCUAUUAUCCCAGCACUUGGGAGGCAGAUGUAGGAGGAUUACCACGAGUGUGAAGCCAGCCUGAACUACAUCGUUAAUUUUAAGGUAGUAAUUUUAAGGUAGUCUGUGUAAAACAGAAAUACUUAUGCCACCAUUCACACUCCCUAUCUUACCUUCUAAAUGGUUUUAAGAGAAACAUGGUGUGCACUUUACUCUGAAAGUGUGUUUUUACUAAUUGGACACACAUAGGUGAAUGUUUGAUCCUGGGGCUGUAACCAAAUGGGGCAUUUCUGUGUGUGAGGACCCUGGUGUCCACAGAGUGAUGAUGCCUGGGAGGCCUGCCUUUCCUCCCAGUUGUCUUCUGCUUUCUCUCUGCACAGUUGGCGUAUAUCUACCUAAAUAUAAUCACAAAUGGAUGUCUCAUGAA